AGGCAGAGAGGAGAGAGACAGAGUAUUAGUAUUCAGAGCACAGGGAGGAAAAAAGGAGAGGGAGUGAGCAAGCAACCGAGAGAGAGAGUGAGAGGGAGGGGAUAGUGAAAUACAGAGAAGAGAAAAACACAAGGAGGGUGAAAAAUAUAGGAAAAGAACACAGGAAACGGGAGGGAAAAGAGGGGAGGGGAGAGAUAUCAUAUUAUUAAUUUCUCCCUCUCAGUCCGCCACCCCGGUUGUUCUUAUUGCUCAGUGCGUCUUGGAAAGAAGAGAGAGAGGAAGGAGGUGGAUAGAGCGAAAGAGGGCGGAAUGCCCCUUUACAAGCGUCGCAUCUGACUAAAACAGCGGAGAAGGUCCUAAAUCGGAAAUUGGUCAGAGAAUAAGACAGUGGGUUCUGCAACGACAAGGUGUUGUUGGAGAGCUUUGGACAAGAAUCUCUACCAUUCUGACAGCCGUUUCCAAUCCAUGCUGAUGUUUUGGAGAGAACAGGGACACGGAUGCAAUACACCAACUUUUUCCAGAGCUAGAAGAGCUCAACUCUCUUCCCAGCUUGCAGUGAAGAAGAAAAAAAAACACGUGUCUGCAGGCUUCCAUUUCUGAUCUUGGAACCAUUCGGAAAAUAACAAGCUAAAGGUUAUGCAUGCACUGCAGGCAUAACUCUGUAUUCCACAGCCAAACCUAUUUGCAAAGAAAACUUUGAGAGUGCCUCCACUCUGGCAUGCAAAUUCAACAUGGCCCAGAACCUCAAGAGUUGAGUUCAAAAAGGGAAAGUGAAAGGGAGGGUGUCGCUCAUUCAUACAUGGGCAUGUCUGCUUGGUCAUUGUGAUCCAGACCAAGACACCCUUCUGAGCCCCUCGUGUUAUUCCUUUUUUGACGUCGCCCCCUCAGCCUCCCUCUGCCUCCCUCUGCCUCAUCUUUCUCAGUGCACACCCCUGUAAAAGGUGGACGGGCCAGCACUCUACUCUACACAAGCGCCGUCCUAUAGGUGAGGGCGGUGAGGGCUGUGCUGUCACUGGCUGGCUGCUGGUGAGAGUGCGAUGCGGAUUGGAGGAUGUCGGGGGACUGGGAUGAAGACCUGUGUAAGAAGGCGUUGGUGCUGGUGGAGGAGCUGUGCUUCAACUCCCCAAGGGGUUAUAGCCAGAGUGAACGCUGCCAGGAGUUCAGCUCCCUGCUGAGGGGUCACAACAGACAGGACGCAGAGAUCUCUGUCAGUCUUCUGUCGGUCAUCGUGACAUUCUGUGGCGUCGUCCUCCUCUCUGUCUCCCUCUUCGUCUCUUGGAAGCUCUGCUGGCUGCCAUGGCGGGACAAGGAGGGUGGAGGACUGAGCCUGACAUCGGGUUUGCUGCCCGGAAGCGCUGGGGUCGGAAGCCUUGGAGGUGCUGGGGGGUCGUCACUAUUACCUCCGCUGCUGCAGAGGAAGGAGGGUCACUCCUCGUCCUCACUGUAUCCCUCCCUGGGCCAGCAGGGCCAGCACCACCCCCAUUUCUCUGACCUAGUGGGGGUGGAGAGGGGGGAGGUCGGAGGGGUGGUUGGGGGGCCACACGAGACCCAGGAACACUCCUACCUGGAUAUGGACUCAUAUCCCAACAAUGCUGGAACUCUGAAGCUGAGUCAGACGUCUCCGGAUGUCCCCAACUCAGAGGGGGGAGCUCAUCCUCCAAAAGACCUGCCCAACGCUCAUUCGCAGCAGCAGGUCACUGCACGGCCCAAGCCCAUGACGCACCAGCUCUCCAGUCCUGAUUUCCACGGUGAGGAGAAGGAGCAGGUAACCUGCAUUGGGCAGAUCAAACCGGAGCUCUAUAGACCUAAAGGUGACCUGGGCGAAGGCAAAGCGGGCGACAACUGCGGCAAGAUCAGCUUCCUCCUGCGCUAUGCCUUUAAUACGGAGCAGUUGGUGGUGAAGAUACUGAAAGCUUUGGACCUGCCAGCCAAAGACGCCAACGGCUUCUCUGAUCCAUAUGUGAAGAUUUACCUACUGCCAGACAGGAAAAAGAAAUUCCAGACGAAGGUCCAUAGAAAGACCUUAAAUCCAGUGUUCAACGAGACAUUUCAGUUUGGCGUGCCGCUGAAUGAGCUACAUUCCAGGAAGCUGCAUUUCUCUGUUUAUGACUUCGACCGCUUCUCCAGACACGACCUGAUAGGCCAGGUAGUGGUAGACAACCUGCUGGACUUCAGCGAAGGCAGCGCUGACAAACCCAUCUGGAGGGACAUUGUGGAGGGCACUGCGGAGAAGGCUGAUCUCGGGGAGCUUAAUUUCUCGCUGUGUUACCUGCCCACUGCAGGCAGGCUCACAGCCACAAUCAUCAAGGCCACCAACCUCAAAGCCAUGGACCUGACUGGCUUCUCAGACCCAUACGUGAAGGCCUCUCUGAUAUGUGACGGGAGAAGGCUAAAAAAGAGGAAGACCUCGAUUAAGAAGAACACGCUGAAUCCCACGUACAAUGAGGCGCUGGUCUUUGACAUUCCCAACGAAAACAUAGAGAGCGUAUCCAUCAUCAUUGCAGUGAUGGACUAUGACUGCAUCGGUCAUAACGAGGUUAUAGGGAUGUGUCGUGUGGGCAGUGAAGCCGACGGUCCGGGGAGGGAGCACUGGGCGGCCAUGCUGGCCAAUCCACGCAAACCAAUAGAGCACUGGCAUCAGCUUGUGGAGGAAAAAGCGAUUGGUACAUUUGUGUCUAAGCCUGCACCAACAUCAUCCCCUAAGCCGCAUAUCGUGGUGGACAGCCCCCAUUCCGAUUAAAACUGUCAUUAUCAUCUCUACAGCUCCAGACUUUUCUUUCUUUCCGCUCAUCUGUGAAUAAUUCUCUCCAUCAAAGAAAGAGAGACGCGGAGACACUGCUAGUGUCCGACUGCUAGUGCUGUUUCGCUCCUGCUAAUGAAUCCUCCGACUCAUGUGCUGUCUUUACUGAGCCGGGGGGGAAAUAAAAAAAAAAAAAAAACUACAUCCAUCACAAACUACACUAUGAGCGUCAGACUACACAUUCACACAUGUGGACACUAAAUGGUACUGUAUGACUGAUAUCAGGUGUAAAUUUGGAGUCUAGGAAGGAAACUCACACACUCUCCCACACACACACAAAUACAGAAGUUUGUAGUAUGUGCGUAGUUCAUGUGUGCUUCAGAGUAGUGUAGUAUUUCAUCUAGAAGGAGUGUGAUGUGACCAACUUUUCUUUCUUGAAAACAAAACAAAAAAAGACAAAGAAAAAAGAGAGCCAUCAUAGAAUGGUCAUUUCAACCAGGACCAAAGGUUCAUACCCUUGUAUAGACUAUUAAAGAAGAAAAUCCAUAUGUCAAUAUUUUUCUUUGCAACAUUGGUGUGCAGUAUAUGCUGUACUCUAAGAAAACUUCUCAUGUAGUACUUAGCAGGACAAAACAUCCAUGGUGGAUUCUCCUGGCCAUUUUGGAUGCCUUCUCCAGGGUUUGUACCCUCUGGUUUCAGAGUUAACUCGCUUAUUUUCCCCAGAGGAAAGACAACAAACCGUCCAGUGGUCUUUAUUGAUGUCAGAGGAGUGAAAAAUGUGGACAGACUUAUCGGUCUAAGCAUGUAACGUAACUUGCAAUGUGUCCCUCUUUUCUUUUUGUCACGGUCCUCAUGGUGCUCAUUGGUUUCUUCCUUCUUAUUUUGCUCUGUCAUUUGUGUGACACACAAAACAUUCGGCACAUCAGGAAAGCGGUUUAUUCAUGCCAUGUUUUGCGUGGUUUGAGCUUCAGAGAGACAUGAACUGUUUGAUUGUCUCCGGCUUUCAGGCCAAACCGCCAGACUUUUUCUAACGUAGGACUAAAUGUGCUCAACAAAGCCUACGUUAAGGAUUGGACCAACAUCCGUUUGGAUCGUACUCGCUGGAGGAUGCAUCCCACAGGAAAGGAUAUUGUCACUCUAUUUUAUUUUUCUAUCAUCUAUAUUUAGUUCUUUGAAGAAGUCAUUGUCAAGCUCCAUCUGAUAGAAUUGUUAUCUUCAGGUCCAUAUCAUGUCCCUGACAAGACUUUAGAAGGACACACACAUCCGUGUUGCUUUUAUUAGUGUGUGUUUCUGUGUUUGUGGGCGUGUUUGUUUUGUAUUCGUGCGCGUCUGUGUGUGUGUGUAUGCCUGUGUGUCACUGUGACCUUGUGUGUGACACGUUUCCGUGCCCACCGCCUCCCCAUCCUUUUUCUGUCUUCGCCUUCGUCACUCCCCAAAACAGACCGCAUCCCAUCCACAGACUGAAAAGCUCAUCUCAGAGCCAAACGUGUCUUCUGUCUCGUGUCUUUACAAGGAGCCAUUUUGCGUGUGUGCGAGCGUGAGAAUGCGUGUGUGUGUACUGUACGUGCCUCAUUGCACUAGGUGGGGAAACACUGUCUAUCAUAGACAUUAGUUUGUAUUGUCUAUGUCGUCUCUGAAAUCAGCUGCCAAUCAUUCAGCCCUCCACUCUAACACUUUGCCUGAUGUAAGUAACUCUGUUGAUCGUGUACUUCUUUCAGUAAUUUGUGUACCGUACGUCCGAGGGAAAAAUCAGAUGGCGCAGUGACUGAAAAUUUUAAGAGUUGGGUGUGUUUUGAUUAUAUUUAUGAGAAGGAACACAAAAAUAUGAGAAAAAAAAUCUGAGGCUUGCUUAUUAUAGUCAACAGAUUAUGACAAAUUUAGAUCCCCUAAAAGCAAGUCAGCAGGGAAGAGGUGCUGUGAGAACAAGAGCCUGAAUGUUCUGCACAUCCUGUGUGAACCAAUACAGACUUAUAAAGCCAUGUCUGUCACCGCUACUACUACUGUAACCUCAGCAAAACAGUUCAACUCCUCACUACAGCUACUUGUAUUGCUACUGUUGCCGUCUCCCGCUCACACACUUCUCUCACAGAAGUGUUUGUGUGGGGGGAUCUAGUGUCUUUCUCUUUACCUUUGGAUCAAGGAAGGCAGGUAAGCAAGAGGUUACAAUUUCUGCAUCGUACAGCACCUGCAAGGAUUCUGUGUGGUUUGUGAGAUGGGGGAAUAUUGAUCAGCUUGUAUAAGUAGAUAUGGUAUUGAUCCAUUGGUGUUGAGGCCCCAUAAUUCUCCUUCUUUCACAGCCUCUCUCUCUCUCUCUGCUUGUGUCUACCCUAUUUAGUCCUUGUGUUACUGCCUUGUGAUAGAUUACAGAACUCAUAGUGGAACCAGCACAUUCCCUGAUUCUCUUCCACCUACUGUCCACCACCCCCUCCUCCUCCCCUCUCUGUUUCUGUCUGGCUGAUUACUGCCUGAUUACUCAUUCUCUCCUUUGCUCCUCCAGCCAUCCUUACCUCUGCUACAACUCUACCCCCCACCUCCCUCUCACCUAUCCAUUUCCCUUUCUAUUUUUCUCUCCCUCUCCGACCUCCUCACUGCCUCAGCUUUCUCGCAUCCCCCCAUCUUGCCCUCUUUCUUUCGUUCUUUCCGCGUAUGACGACCUGCCCUUCCUCCUUCCCCCCUCCUCUCUAUCCCCCUCUCUCUCUCGCCGUCUUCUCUUGUUUGUGCAGUUCUGAAUGGUCAUGGGGAAACAUGUUUGCAUGCUUAUAUUAACAUGAAUGAUGUCAACUUGAUGCAAUGAAAAUUAUAUAAGUGAUGCUUUAAGCAAAAUCUGACAAUGAACUUGAUACUAAUACUACUAAUGAUGACUAAAUGGAGACCUAGCAAUUGUUAAUCUCUGUGGUCAAAAACAGCAAUGAUGAAAUAACAUUGUUUAUGCUGUACUUAUCUUUCUCAAAUUGGUAUUCUUUUGGGGGGAUUUUCAAUUGUUUUUUUUUUAUAUAAUUUAUUCAAGAGGUUUACUUUUUUAUUGGUUAAUGCUGAGAAUUUGAGUGAUGAGGUUCAGUCAGGGCGAUUGUUUCAGUCAGGACAGCUGUACCAGGUCACAGGAUGUCACUGAAUGUGUAAGUAACCGUGUGGCUGAAGCAAUGAUUAUGGAAAUAAAGGAUAUGUUAUCAUCCA